AAAAGGCAGGCCCAGAGCAAGAGAGGCACAGAAUCCAGCAUUGGUCUCAAGGCAGCCAGUUCGCCCGCCUGUCUGUCCUCGGAGUCAUGGAGAGAGCCAGUCUGAUCCAGAAGGCCAAGUUGGCAGAGCAGGCCGAGCGCUAUGAGGACAUGGCAGCCUUCAUGAAGGGUGCCGUGGAAAAGGGCGAGGAACUCUCCUGUGAGGAGCGGAAUCUGCUCUCCGUGGCCUAUAAGAAUGUGGUGGGCGGCCAGAGAGCGGCCUGGAGGGUCCUGUCCAGCAUCGAGCAGAAGAGCAACGAGGAGGGGUCCGAGGAGAAGGGCCCCGAGGUCAAGGAGUACCGGGAGAAAGUAGAGUCGGAGCUCCGGGGUGUGUGCGACACUGUGCUGGGCCUGCUGGACUCCCACCUCAUCAAGGAGGCCGGAGAGGCAGAGAGCCGGGUCUUCUACCUGAAGAUGAAGGGUGACUACUACCGCUAUCUGGCCGAGGUGGCCACGGGUGAUGACAAGAAGCGCAUCAUCGACUCUGCCCGGUCAGCCUACCAAGAGGCCAUGAACAUCAGCAAGGAGAUGCCGCCCACCCACCCCAUACGCCUGGGUCUGGCCCUGAACUUUUCUGUCUUCCACUACGAGAUAGCCAACAGCCCGGAGGAGGCCAUCUCUCUGGCCAAGACCACCUUCGAUGAGGCCAUGGCCGAUCUGCACACUCUGAAUGAGGACUCCUACAAGGACAGCACCCUCAUUAUGCAGCUGCUGAGAGACAACCUGACGCUGUGGACAGCCGACAACGCUGGGGAAGAAGGCGGAGACGCUCCAGAGGAACCCCAGAGCUGAAGCGACCCGCGGCCUCCCUGCCCUGCCCUGCCCUCCAGUCCAGUCUGCAGACAGGACUAAUAUGGAGUGGGACCCGGCCCUUCCCAAACCCUGAGUGUUCUGCCACGCCCUGAAAAGCUCCUUGGAAGGUGCAGCCAGGCUGAGGCCACCAGGGGCUGGGGACCCGCUCUCAUGCAGCUGUCGGGUGGGCGUUCCUAACCCCGCCCACCCCUGCUCUCUGUACCCCAACUUCCCUGCACCACUCCAGAACCUGCCCUCCCCCUGUGCCUCCCUCUUGUACCUGUUCCUUCUAGAUCCUAGGAGUCCGGGAGGCUCCCACCCCUGUGGCUGAGAACUGGACUGUGGCAAGGGCUGUGUGUGUGUGUGUGUGUGUGUCCGUGUGACUGUGUGUAUGAGAGAAUGAGAAGGAACACAUGUUUGCUGGGUGUGACCAUGUUUCCUCUCAAUAAAGUUGCCCUGUGACACUC